UACUAUUUUUCCAGCUUAAAAGUUGUUCAUGAGUGCAUGGCAAGAAAUAGCGUGACUGUAAAAUAUUAUAGCGUGACAUAUUUAUAUUAGGGAGAGAUCAGGCAAUUUUUCUUUGAAUUUGUACGCAUCGUAGCACCAAAUACCUGCAUAAGUAAUAAGCGAACAGAUUCAAAUAUUUCUUCCAGAUGUAAUGGAGACAGUGUCAGGAAUACCUGUGGUUGAUUUUGCCGCCUUGAGUGUCGACCAUGAAACCAUCUCAGCUUCAGAUGAGAGGGUGCAGGCAAUCGCAAGGCAAAUCCACGAAGCGUUCAGUACAGUGGGAUUUGUUUAUUUGAAGAACCACGGAAUCACACAAGCAAAGGUUAGGUAGCCAGAUCUUCACAAGGAAAUUAGUCAUGACCUUAGUUUUACCGAGUCUAUAAUUUUAUCUCUUCUCUAAUCUCUUCUCUUCUUUUUAUCGGAAAUCUUAGCGCGAUUUUGAGUCAUUUCGUAAGUAAAUCGACUCGUUUUCGUCAAAGUUAGGCCAAAACCGGGAAUGAGGGGAAUCAAACGAAAAAAAAAAAGAGUUAUCUAUCGCUAAAUCUCAAUUCGCUGUGUUUUCGGAUCAUGUGUCCUAUUCACUACUUCCACAUAGACCGUAAUGCACCUCGUUUUAUACCCCCCCCCUCUCGCCCCCAGAAUUUUGCAUAACCAUUGUUUCCAAUUCAGUCGUCCCAAAAGAAAUCCAAGACAAUGAUUAUGCAAAGUUUUGGGAAGUAAACAAGGUGCAUUAUGAUCUAUGUGAAAAUGGUGAAUAGGGGGUGUCGACCAACAUCUCGGUUGACUAUCACUCGAAAUAUCGGUCCCUAUGUGGUUUGAGUGUAUUUGUGGGUCAAGUGUUGGUCGAUAUAUUGGCCGAGUAGCAUUAUACUGUCAGUUGAUUAUUGGUUGAGUGUCAGUUGACAGAUCAACCAACAGCUGGUCAUUAUAGCAUCAGUAAUGUAUCGCCACAUAUUUGUGAAUGGUUGCUCGAGUAUUGGUCCUGUCUUGGUCAACAAUCAGCAUCGCCUGUACAACAUUUUAGUCCCCAAAGCUUUUUCUUUUGUUACAAGGUACCUGUCAAAUGACAUGUGGUGGACACUACUGCUCAUUACACAUACUGGCUGCUGCGGAUACCAGAUUGAUCAUGAGUUACCAAAUAUUGGGCUAUUUUCAUGUAUUGGCCAACAUCUCGCUUGUCUGUGUCAACACAUCAGUCACUAUGUUGGUUUAGUGUCAGUGGAGUGUUAUAUUGAUUGACAUGCUGAACAAAAUUUGACCAAGGUAUUGGCCGUUACAUGGACCAAGUGUCAGUGAAAAGUCGGUGAUCUGACAGAGAUCAGUCAGCAAAGUAGGUAUUGACUAUCGACCAUUGACUGAAGCAGCUGACUACCGGUCGAGACUUGUUCGAGACUCCCGAUAUAGUGAUCAACUAACAGUCAACCAAGAUGUCAGCAGAUACAUCAGUCAUCACCCCCUAUAAGACACAUGACCUCUUUUCGUUUAUACCCCUCAGCCUUAGGGCUAAGUAAAAAUUUAAGAUCAUUUAAAACCAGCCAAAUUGUACCCAUUGUUUUUAACUACCAUACAAACCAAAGUCCAUUUCUACCCGAGAUUUGGUAGAUUUGUUCUCACUUAUAUUAAUUCCCCACCCUUAUUAGGUUCACAAAACAUAAUAAUUGACCCGGGUGACUGGGAUGUCUAUGGUGACAAGAAUGACUGGGAUGACUUUGGUCUUUGGUACAGUGAUUUGGGUGACUAGGGUGACUUGGGUGACUACAGUGACUUGGAUGACUAGGGUGAAUUGGGUGACUACAGUGACAAGGGUGACUAGGGUGACUGCAGUGACUUGGGUGAAAAGGGUGACUUGUGUUAGGGAGACUUGGGUGACUGGGAUGACUUGGGUGACUAGGAUAACUUAGGUGACUAGGGUGACUUGGGUGGCUGGGGUAACUUGGGUGACUAGGGUGACUUGGGAUACUUAGAUGACUACAGUGACUAGACUGAAAUGCCUUCACAGCAUAUUAACGAAUUUUAGAGUUGUAUAAAGAAACUCAUGGGAAAAGUUGUUUGCCUCUGCUUCACAAUUACUUGGAAAUACAUGGCACUGUUAUUGGAUAAGAAAAAAAAACUGAUUUGCUUAAUCAAAUUCUAAUUUCUUAAAUUAUAAUUUUAAAACCUUAGUUGGGUUAAAGGGUUUUGUUUAUUGUUUGAUUGAUUUACAGCAUGUUGCCGGGAUUUUGGAACCGUGACCAAUCGUUUGUUUCUUAAUUGUUAGACUGAUUCUGCUUAAACUUGUUUUGUAUUGUUCAAUCUUCAUGUGUAAAGUUAACUAACUUUUUAAAUUUACAUUUUAAACAGCAUAUAGGCUCUGUUCUAGAUGAGCCCUUUAUGCUUUAAGAGCAAAUUAAUGUUGAAUAAUAACUAAACAAUAAACCUUGUACCAUUGUACUUUUAUGUCAAAAAAAUGAGCAAGAAAUUAAAUUAGAAAAUAUUACUUUGUUAAUUUGAUAGGUGGAUGAAACAUUUAAUGUUAUGGACAAGUUCUUCACACUUAGUAAAGGCAUUAAAAAAAAAUAUGGGAAAAAGGGUGAGCUAGAUGCCAAUGGCUGGGAAGCCUUGGAGAGGGAAAUGUAAGUCAAACUAAAAAUCAGUUGUGUUACGUUCAGUUGAUCAACAUUCUAGUAUAACAAUGUUAAUAAUAAUAUUGAAGUAUUGAUAAGUGGCAGGUCUAGGGGAUCCCCAACCCAAAUCGUGUUCAGACCAAGGUGAGGCCAGCUGCAUCAGGAACUGAACAAUUUUUGUUUGCAAGCAGCCCCCUAUCGUAACGUCAGCUGGAUUGUCAAAAGAAGUGAACAUCUGCCAUUAAAGGGUCAUUAAUGUGGCUCUCUGAGUAUCCAUAAAAAAAGCACCUUUAUUGUAUAGUAAUGUUCAGAAUAAUCAUUUGUUGGUGGUGGACAAAACACUGACCGCCAGUCCAUGGACUACCUCCAUGGGCUAUCUAAAUGGACCACCCUAAAAUGGACUAGUACACCACUGAAGUUUAGAGAUCAGGGUUAGGAAACUAAGUUUUUAAGUUUUCCCAGUAUAAUGAUCCUAAAUGGAACCUGAUUCACUUAGUUUCCUAACUCUAAUCACUAAAUUUAAGUGGCAUAGUCCAUGUUAGGGUAGUCCAUAUGGGGGUAAUCCAUGGAUUGGGGGUCAGUGUUUUGAUCACCACCAUAAUUUAUUAUAAUUAUGCAUACAAAUGAUCCUUUUACAUGUCAACUCAGCACUGAUCCAACGAAGCCAGGUGAUCUUAAGGAAUCAUUUGACAUUGGAGCUUUUGAUGACAAAAAAUUUGUAAGUAACUUGUGGUUUUCAUAUAGAUUAGUCAAGCAGUUAUUUUCUCUCAGUGUUCUCUCAACCUUUGUUAAUAGUCCCCAAAACCCAUUUUUACAUCUAAAAAAACCCAGAAAGAUGACAACCACCAAGAAAAUGUAAAAUAAAUGUUAGUGUGGAUACAUGUAAUCAAAUCAAUUUAACCAUGAGGGUCUCUCAGAAAAGAGGUCCUGGCACAUCUAGUUUUUGAAAGAUAAUUAUUGUCAAAUGUGAUGAUAUGCAUGCGGUUCCAUGUUUUUACUAACUUAGUUCUUCACAUACUUUGAGUUCGUGUUGAACAUACAGUGAACAUAGGGAUCACACAGGUCAUGUGUCCAUCAUAAAACAAGCAUUCAUGAAAGAAAUACCCUGUAAAUCAAAACAUUUCAAAUAUUUGGGGCCACGAGGUACUGUUUUUGGCUCCUCAUAAUAAUUUAAAAGGGUUAGUCGCUGCUAACAGAAUUAAUAAUUUUAUUAUUGGCACUUAAGCAUGCACCUCCACCUAGUGCUCAGUUUAAUCAGCCCACAAAUUGAUUUGGUAUUGUUUUCAAAUUUUUGCAGCGCUGGCCCACAGAAGUCCCCGAUCUUCAACCAGCAGUCAAAUCCCUAUUUGGUGUGCUAAGUCUUCUUGGUGAUAGAGUGCUGUGUGCAAUGGCUUUAGGGUUAGGACUGGUGAGUGAGAGCUGAGAAUUGUUUUAAUAUCAGUUUUAAUAUAAAUUUCCAACUAGGCAAUUUUAAGGUCUUAUUAGUCUAAUUUGCUUUAGCAGUACAACUCUAAAAAUGCAAGCAUUUCUUUUUUUUCGUGUGCGCGCGCCAAAAGGGGGUUAUAGUCCCAGGCGUUCGUAGUGGAGAUCGUGGAAACUGGGGAUAAGAAUCGCGACAUGUCAGAGCACCAUGCAUAUGUUUUAUGAGAAAGCUAAGAAAGAUUAAUACAAAAGGUGUCGAGCUUUUCCGGAACGGGUCAGUCCACGAAUUCUAUACCUUUAAAGCGCUGAUUACUUUUGGAACAAGUAGAUACUUCUGUGGUCGAAAAAAGAAAAGUCUUUAUAAUUGGGUGUUGAAAACUUUUGUUGUAUGCAAAUGAGUCUUGUGAUGAGCAUGCAGUUUAUGUUUGGCCAUGAGUAAAAUGAUGUGCCAUAUUCAUCAGGUUUUUGAUUUCUGGCAAUGAUGUAAUUUCUCUUGAAUCAAGGCCCUUGAUCUGUGUGUUUUUUAUACACGUGUACUCAAUCAAUUCAGAAAAAAAUUGUUGAAUUCGAUAAUUAUAUAAAGUAAAUAACCUGAAGAGAACUCGGCCGUCAAUAAAGUGGGACGUGAAAGACUUUUAGUGAGGAAUCCUGUUUUGUGUAGAAUUAAUCGCCUCCUCAUUUUCUCAUCUAAUCUCCAAGCAAGCGAGACUUAACGCUUUUAAGAGCAUUCUUGUUAGAGAGGUCAUUCACAGCCUAUCAAAUUAUUUCUUCUGUUUGAAAGAUCAAAGGCUACAGACACGGGGGAGAGUGGAAGCUGAUGGACGAAGGAAACUACACAUGCAUUAUCCUACUAAAUAAAAAUAAAAUUCUAUAUUAUUCUCACAGCUGUAACUAUUAUCACAUUAUUAUCAACUAUUAACAUAAAUGAAAAUAAAUGCAAUGAUCAUAAAAAGAAAUUAUUAUCACAUUAUUAUAAUUAUUAUUUAACUCUCUCUUACUGAAGGUUAAUAUAAUGCUGCUUGUUAAAAUCAAAUAAUAAACUGACUUGAACAUUCAACAAAUCACUCCUUUUAAUCUAGUCAUAGUUGCUAUGAGAGUCACGUUACUGUUUACCAAAUAACCACAAAACAUGCUCUACAAGGCACUUACUAUAUGAAUUGCCAGUACACAAAAACAAAGAGGAAUAUGUGAUGCCAUGUAAGUAAACAGCUUAAAUAAUUCAACUUCAGGUGGCAUUUUAUUGAGGCUAGAUAUUUAUGACAUUCGGGUGACUUGAAAGUAAACCAAAUAAUUACACUGAUUAUCAUACUGUUAGUAAAUUAUUAUGAGUAAUAAUGUCAAUCAAUUUAAUUAUUAAUAAUAUCAUCCUUUAGCCAGCAGAUACUUUCAAGAGUUACUACAAGGAUGUUGGUACGCAGUGGGGCACAGCUUUGCUGCGCUUUAACUACUACCCAAGAAUAACUGACUUUGAGCACAUCAAACCAGGGCAGAUAAGAUGUGGAGAACACACAGAUUAUGGAGGAAUAACUCUUCUGUUUCAAGAUGAUGCAGGAGGUUUGGAAGUAUGAAGAAACAGAAUUUACAAUCUGUAGACACCCAGCCAUGAUUUUAGAUAACCUUUUCAUCUAUUUUUUUGUUAUAUAUCGGAAUAAAAACCUGCCUUACAGUGUAUAGUAUUGAAUCUCUGUAUCCUGGGGGUACAGAGGUCCAAACCUCCGACCUCCCAUACUUUGCAUUCCCAGCUCCUGAUCUUUUUCUUCCUGGCUUAAUACACUCUUAAUAAGUUAUUUUUUUAAUUGAAAAUUUUAAGCAUUGUUGCAUAAUUUCACUCUAAUCUGGUUCCCACCAGCUCCCCCGCGCCCCUCUCACAUUUUCCUCUACAUACCUCCCAUACCCCUUACCCUGCACCCAGCUAUUCUUCUGGCCCCAGUAGUUCAAAAGAUGGAUAGCGCUGUCCAUCGGAUAAAUCGCUAUCCAUCGCAUAAGUAUAAUGGAAACCAAUUGCACUAUCCAGUGGAUAGUGAUUUAUACAGUGGAUAGUGCUUCCCACUCUCAAGGGUGGAGGUUCUUAAUUUAAUUUCGGGCUUCUUUCAGUUUUAAAAAUUUUACAAAGUCAGGUGGGAGAAAGGUGGGUUAUUUUGUUGGUAAAACAGGGAUGGACUGAAGGGACUAAUGGCAUAUAAACAGAGUCCUACUUUACUUUCCAUUUCCUUGUCAUUUAAUGAAAUUUCAUAAAUAUUUAUGAGCCAUUUUUUUCGUUCAUUGUACAGGUAGUCAAUAGAGAAAAGAAGUUCGUCUCUGCAACUCCAAUCCCUGGAACAAUAAUAGUCAACAUUGCUGAUCUGAUGCAGCGAUGGACUGCUGACAAAUUUGUCUCUACGGUAAAGAAGUAGGCCACUAACUGUAACACCUUAAGUUUCAUAAACAGGCCAAUAAUAUUAUAUUCCACUUAAUACCAUGUAACUUUUUCAUAAAUUUAUUCCUUUGCAAUAAAAAUUUUUGUAAUCCUAGCGAGGCUUCAAUACACUGGAGUCAUUUUUGGACACUGAAAAAAAGGUCUUAGCCAGUUUAGAAUAUCCCCGUAGGUGUCUUGUAGACACCUGCUGUCACAAAAUUAAAAGUAAAUACUAAAAAUCUCUUGUAAUUUUAUGGGAAAACAUGCCUCUUGCAUACUGGUAUGUGUGUGUGUUUGUGUGGGGUAGGGGGGUACUCCCUAUAAUGGCCUAUACAGGAAAGCUCCGCCCGAAAGGGGUAACGCGUUUCACUUGUUCAAGUAUAUUUAAUGGUAGCAAAAUAUGUCAGUUUAGUCGCUAAAAAUGCCCAAAAGGGCUAACAGAUACAUUUUAUGCCUGUGAAAAAGUUGAGAAAACGCUCUGGUUUUGUGAUUUAUAAGCAGUUAAAAAGGAUACAAAGCUCUAAACUAGGUACGUGAAAGAUGUACCAUUAAUUAUCAUUUGUCAAUAAUGGUAUAUUAAAGGGUAAGGAGUUAGACCACAGCGCGGGGCCUCCCUGUAUAAAACUUUGUUGAUUACCCCCUCCCCAAUGGACAUGCAUAUCCAUUUUCAAAGAAUAGAUAAAAGCCAGCUGUUUGGAAGAAAUAAAAAACAAAAAAGGUUUCUGCUAUAGUUGGCAUAAAAACUGCACUAUGAAACAGUUUUAAAAGAACCUACCAAGAUUGCAAAAACCAAGUGCAGAUGAUUCUGCAACUAAAUCCUAUGAAAUCACAGACCUGCUUAUCUGAUGACAGGUUCACCGAGUCAUUAUUCCAGAAGAAGAACUCAAGCGAUGCACUCCAAGACGUUCUGUGGCGUUCUUUUAUGACCCUGACUGGAAAGCAAAGAUUUCAUGUCUUGAUGGCUCAAAUAAAUACCCAUCAAUCAAAUGUGGGAAAUAUGUCUCCCAAGUUAUGAAGGGUACUUUCAGCUUCUGA